ACAAAACGAAAAAAUAACUAAAUUCAUUCAAGAGUAAUACAGGAAUGUAUGAAAAUUACUGGAAUGCAAAAACAUUAAGUGGUUAUAACAAUGACAGUGCUCUUCAUAAGUUAGAAGUAGUAAGUGUUAUAACACGCAUGCAGUGACCAGCGCACGGGAAAUUUGCAUAUGAUUGACAGGUCAGGGCGCGCAGUACGAGGUGUGCUUGUUAUCUCCAGGAAUCUGUGUUGCGCAAUGAAAUAGUUCUUUGGAAAAAGCUGACAAGAUUAACCAAACUACUGACCACCGUUGUUUGAAAUAUUACUCAGGGAAAUAUCAGUACGUAUGAUGUUCAUUAGUUGACAUUAUUUCUUUCUUUUGCGUCUAUUGUAAGGACAUGUUGUUUUCUAGAAAAUGAUCAAGAAAAGUAGUACUUAGAGGAAGGCGCAGGAAUACUAAACGUCUAUCCUCUUGUUGGACUUGGAACUUCUCUAAGAUGGUGGAACUUUGGUAAACUACCCUAGUGUUGAAAUUAAGUUUUAAAACUUCAGGGACGGCGCUCUGUCGCCGGGAUUUGUUAAAGGACUUGGAAAAGUGUUAAAAUAUAUUCUGGAGCCAUGAAGACGGCGGGUAUCGUCCAUUUGUCGCUCCCGCUACUGGUUAUUUUCUCAUGGAUAGCCGACGUUUCUUACGGAGCGGCAUGUAAGGGCUGUACUUCUGCAGUAUGCAUCUGCAAGGGCCAGAAAGGGUAUCCUGGCGCUCCAGGCCUGACAGGUCUACAGGGGUCACAGGGAUUUCCUGGAUUUCCGGGCCCUGAGGGAUCCAUGGGAAGAAGGGGCCAGCCCGGAACCACUGGAGCGGAAGGGGCUGAGGGGCCCAAGGGUUUGAGGGGAGACACUGGAGCGAAUGGUUUUACUGGCGUGCCAGGAACACCGGGUUUUGACGGCAUUGAAGGCCCAGUUGGUCCUCCUGGCUAUGACGGAUGUAAUGGAACUAAGGGAGCUCCCGGAUUUCCUGGUUUGAAUGGACUGAGUGGUCAACCAGGAUCACCUGGCCUCGAUGGCCGCCCGGGACCCAAGGGAGAGCCUGGAGAAUAUGGGUUUGUGACUGUUGGAGCCCCGGGUGACGUCGGAGAAACCGCAUUGCCCGGCAGACCAGGCUUGGCUGGAUUUGAUGGCAGACCGGGACCGCGAGGUAUUGACGGAGCGAAGGGCCAGCCUGGUAUGAAAGGAAUGGGAGGAGAGGAUGGUCGCCCUGGUCCCGAUGGUGAUGCCAUGCCUGAACUGCCUAAGGGAGAGAGGGGAAGCACAGGCGAUAUUGGAGAACAGGGACCAGUGGGCCCGCCCAGCUACUUUGAGAAGAACCCAGAUGACCAGGAGAUAUUUAAAGGCCCGCCAGGCAUGGAGGGAAUGAAAGGAGAGGCAGGCGAGGAUGGGGCCCGGGGCUUGCCUGGCGUUCCUGGGCUUGAUGGUUUGGCUGGCGAAGACGGCAUAAAGGGGCCCAAGGGAGAACAUGGUGGACAUGGCAGACUGGGUAAGCGUGGUAAAGAUGGACCCCCCGGUGCCUACGGUGCCAAGGGUAUCAAGGGCGAGGAUGGGCGAGGUGGGAUCCCAGGUCUCUCAGGGGCCAAGGGUUAUGGUGGAGAUAAAGGAUACAAGGGAAUGCAAGGAGACCUUGGACCUAUUGGUAUCAAAGGCAACUUGGGUGGAGGAACCGGACUUAAGGGCUUGCCAGGACUGGAAGGGCCGACAGGAGAAAAGGGUUUCAAAGGACUGCCAGGUUUCCCUGGUGACAUAGGACCGCCAGGCUUCCGCGGGCUUACAGGACCCCCGGGUGUCGAUGGGGAGCCUGGCCUACCAGGAGAGCCCGGAUUUAGUGUGAAGGGCGAGCGAGGGGGCGAUGGUACACCUGGAAGUGAUGGUAGGCCAGGGCGAGAUGGAUUACCUGGACUCCCAGGCAAUAGGGGAGAGAAAGGUAGCCAGGGCGACCGUGUAAUUGGUCCCGCUGGCUUGCCUGGACUCCCAGGACGAGAUGGACGACCUGGACUUCAGGGCUUCCCCGGAGAUGCUGGCUUCACUGGUGAACCUGGCAUUCCUGGAAAUGGAUUUGACAUCACAGGCCCACGUGGAGUGCCCGGAUUUCCUGGAGACCCAGGUCCAGAAGGGCCUGAGGGCUUGGAAGGCUUGCCUGGACAACCUGGGUUCAAUGGACAACAGGGUGAUGACUGUCCGUUCUGCCCAGAUGGACUUCCAGGGCGUAAAGGUGAACCAGGAACCGAGGGAUUCCCAGGUCGGGAUGGUUACCCCGGAUUUGAUGGGGAGCAGGGCAGGAAAGGAGAAUUAGGAAACAACGGGCUGAAUGGAAUUCCUGGUUUUGCCGGGACAGAGGGUCUGAAAGGCAUAAAGGGAGAAUCUGGGUUUCCUGGCCGGAAGGGAGUCAAGGGUCAGCUGAUUUUCCCCCCUCCGGAUAUCAGAAAGGAAAAGGGUGAUAAAGGAGAGCCCGGGCUCCAGGGACUGCAAGGAUUACCAGGACAACCCGGAGACCCUGGCAGAAGCGGGCUCAUGGGAUUUAAUGGACCCCAGGGAAUGAAGGGCAUGCCGGGACUGCCAGGAAUGGGCGGUCUAGACGGACUACCGGGUCUUCCCGGUUUGCCUGGUCCUAAAGGCAUGUUUGGAGAUUUUGUCAACGGGACUAAUGGACUAAAGGGGCCAAAGGGCUUUGAUGGGUUCAACGGAGAACCUGGUCUUAAGGGACGGAGAGGUGACAAAGGAGACCAAGCCCCGCUGAUAUCAGCAAUGAAGGGAGUAUACGGAGAAGUGGGCUUCCAGGGGUUGCCGGGCAUGAACGGACUACAGGGACUGCCUGGGAUGAAGGGAACAUCUGGAUUCCCAGGAGAACCUGGCAGGGAGGGGCAGCCAGGCUUGUCUGGAAAUCCUGGUCGAGAUGGAAGCCCCGGAUUCCGGGGUGCAGAUGGGGACAAGGGAUUUCCUGGAAUUCCGGGAGACUCUGGGCCAAACGGUUACCCUGGAGAACCAGGUGUUCCUGGUAGGGAUGGAUUUUCUGGAGUUGAAGGCAGAAAGGGAGAGAGUGGUGAGCCUGGACGUUUCUUGGGGUCACUGAUUCCUGGAGCGCGGGGGACACCCGGCCGUAAUGGAUUACGGGGCCAAGAUGGUUUCCCAGGAGGAGUUGGUGAAGAUGGAAUUCCCGGACGUCCUGGGUUGAAGGGAUACCCAGGAGAUAACGGGAGACCAGGGUUGGGUGGAUAUCCAGGUAGGAAAGGAGAUCGUGGGAUCAUGAUCGACGGACUUCCGGGCUACAAGGGUGAACCGGGCGCACCGGGAGAGCCUGGUCUUUUUGGCCUAGUUGGAAUCCGUGGAGAGGACGGGCUUCCUGGUUUACCUGGAACACCCGGAGAAAAGGGUUACCCUGGUGAAUUUGGCCGGGAUGGGUUUCCAGGACUACAGGGCCAGGAGGGCAGACCAGGACCUAAAGGCUAUCCAGGAUUUAAUGGACGAGUUGGUUUGAAGGCAGAGAAGGGUGUGAUGGGCAUGUCAGGCACGCCCGGAUCUCCAGGUCAAGAUGGGCUCCCUGGAGCCCGAGGAUUGCCAGGUAUGUCUGGUGAGAGAGGUAUCCCAGGACUACGUGGAUCCCCUGGGCUUGAUGGUUUUACGGGCAUGAAGGGCGACCCUGGAUUUCCUGGAACUUCAGGGCGCCCCGGUCGUGAUGGACAAGAUGGGUUCAAAGGCUUGUCAGGAGAGCCCGGAUUGCCAGGAUUGGACGGGCUCAGAGGAGAUGAUGGGAUUCCAGGGCUUGAUGGGGUAAAGGGACCAAAAGGAGAAAAUGGGCUCUCAUACAGAGGAGAAAAUGGUGAUGCUGGACAACCGGGCUUAGACGGUUUACCAGGGCGACCAGGAGCCGUAGGCUUGAAGGGUAGACAGGGAGAAAUGGGCUUGCCAGGCCUGGAUGGUAUGCGGGGAGAUGAGGGCUUCGAUGGACGCCCGGGAGAGGCUGGUGGCACGGGUCGCCCAGGCAGGAAGGGAGAAAGAGGCCUUGAUGGCCUUCCAGGUUUCCCUGGGGAAGAUGGACGCAGGGGAUUCGAUGGUCGACCUGGACUUCAAGGUUUACCAGGCCCAAAGGGAAUCCCUGGGCUUGAUGGUUUUGAUGGAGAGCCUGGACGGCUGGGGGAGCCAGGAGAUUUGGGUUACCCGGGUCGGGCUGGGCGCCCUGGCUUGGAUGGACUUACGGGGCUUGAAGGAGAGAGGGGUAUUGAUGGGUUCCCAGGACGUGAUGGAGAGCCCGGGGUGCCUGGAUCAUCAGGGCCUGAGGGGCUACCGGGUCUGAGAGGAGAUCCUGGGCUUCCGGGUCUACCUGGCUUCGAUGGGCGCAAGGGAAUUGAGGGUGAGCCCGGGCUGUUUGGGCUGCCAGGAGAACCUGGAGAUGAUGCUCUUCCAGGACUUCCUGGGUUGAGAGGUGAGGACGGUCUACCUGGACGUCCCGGCAACAGGGGUCUGAAGGGUUACCCUGGCGAAAUGGGUCAGGAUGGGUUGCCAGGGUUACCAGGACAGAGGGGAGAGCCCGGACAGGUGUUUGGGGGAGUCCAGGGUGAGCGGGGAGUCGAUGGGCUUCCCGGGUUUCCAGGAAUGCCAGGUGAUGCUGGAUUUGAAGGCCGCCGAGGUCUUCAGGGCUUCCAGGGGAUGAAGGGAGAGCCCGGCUUCAAUGGGGAGUCUGGCAGGUUUGGCAGAAACGGCCUUCCUGGGCUUAAGGGUUUCCCUGGAGAUCGCGGUUUGCCAGGGUUUGAUGGGAGGAAGGGCCUAAGGGGAGAUAAUGGAUACCCUGGGGAGCCCGGGCGACCAGGCAUGGAUGGGUUUGCUGGGUUGGACGGCUUCUCCGGGCUGGAAGGUGACAGAGGAUACAAAGGUUUACCCGGAGACAUUGGACCCAUGGGCCCACAGGCUAAUUUACUCCCACCUUUAAAGGGAGAACCAGGUUUCCCCGGCAACCCAGGACUGUCAGGCCUGCCCGGGCGCAAGGGACAAUCAGGCUACCCAGGGCUUGAUGGGUUCCCAGGCGAUAAGGGCGUACGGGGCUUCCCUGGAGAAGACGGGUUCAGAGGCAUGAAAGGGGAAGCUGGUCAGGAUGGGUUCCCGGGGGUCCAAGGACGAGAUGGGAAUAGGGGCAUGCAGGGGGAUGCUGGUUUGACAGGAUUACAAGGUGGAGGAGGAACCGGACCUGGUAUCUUCUUUGCAAGGCAUAGCCAGCAAACAUAUGUGCCAGAUUGCCCCUCCGGCACAAGCAAGGUCUGGGAUGGAUACUCCCUCUCGUAUGUAGUGGGCAAUUCCAGGGCACAGUCUCAGGAUUUAGGUCAAGCAGGCAGCUGUCUACGUCGCUUCUCCACUAUGCCAUUCAUGUUUUGCAACAUCAACAACGUGUGUAACGUGGCUUGGCGCAGUGACUACAGUUACUGGCUGUCAACCAACCAGCCAAUGACGGAGAUGAUGGACCCAGUACAGGGCGCACAGAUCGAGCCCUACAUCAGCAGAUGUGCAGUAUGUGAGGCACCGUCCGAGGUGAUUGCCAUCCACAGUCAGACCAUGAGAAUCCCUGACUGCCCGAUUGGCUGGACUGGUCUCUGGAUCGGUUACUCCUUCCUCAUGGGUACUGGAGCUGGUGGUGACGGUGCAGGUCUUGACCUCUCGUCAGUCGGCUCGUGUCUUGAGGACUUCCGGGCCAUGCCGCUUAUCGAGUGUCACGGCAAGGGCACGUGUAAUUACUACUCUUCUUCCACGAGCUACUGGCUGGCCACUAUAGAGAAUAACGCGCAGUUCCGCACGCCGAUCUCUGAGACUUUGAAGGCCGGUAAUCUACGUAUGAGGAUAAGUCGUUGUCAAGUGUGUAUGAGAUUUUAAUAAAUAAAAGAGGACUUGUGGGAAGUUGUAGUUUUUCAUCAUUGUUUAAGAAAUAGACGGAGAGAAGUAUAUAAUCCACUAAUGUUAAUGAAACCGAUUGUAUUGAUAAUGGAUAAAAGUGAAAUCAAUCGUUGUUAUUUCCUUUUAUGUAUUAAUGAUCAUAAAUUGUAAUUUAUUGUUUUUUGGAAUAAAACUUGACGUAACCAUCGAAUUUGUACAUUUGUUUUAUGUCAUACGAUUUUAAUCAGUAAUUUAUUCUUUCUGGAAUAAAACAAGAUGUUACCAUCGAAUUUGUACAAAGGAAGAAUACUGAAAUCUUGUUAGUUUGAGCGCUACAUAAACAUAUAAAUCUUUCAAGUGAAAGUAAAUCAUAUUCACUCUGUGAUUGGUUGUAGAAAUAUUACUUAAAGCAAGCAUUUUAUUCACGGUGUUUAACUGUUUGUAUAUUACAUACAUGUACAUUUGUAAGCUACAUGUAGAUAUCAUUUGCUAUUAUGCCAAGUUCAUAAGUAACUACAUUUGCUAUGCAAUAUGCAUACUCAUAUAUAGUUAUGCAUACUCAUAUAUAUGUUUGAAGAUGACUGAUUCACAUGGUGCUAUUUGAGAGAAUCAUUUUACGAUGUAUCGGAGUCAUUGCUGAUUCAUUCUCUCGUAAAAUGGAGGGUUAGGGUGUGUGUGUUUAAUGUGUGUGUAUAUUUUGAUGUGACUAUGCGAACAUUAAAAGUAUGACUGUUGUUUAAAUGUAUUUCUGUUUAUAUUUGUAUUGCUUUUUAGAAAAUGCUUCCUAUUUUUAAAUAUACUUUGUUUCUGUAUUUUUUUAACAUGAGCUCUUAACAAGCAUCUGCCAAAAAAGAAACUGCUACAAAACUAGCUUGGUUAUAAGACAAAUUAUAUUACAGAAGACGUUUUGAGAUGUAUAAUUUUACAGACUUUUACAAUAUUUACAUAAUAUGACGUAGUUUUUAUAUAAAUUACCUCUUAAAAUAAUUACAAUUUGGCAUAUUAUUUUUAUCUAUUUUAUACCCUAAACCAUCAAUAAAAAUAAACAUGUUUUUGUUAUUAAUAAAUUGAAAUUAUCACAGAAUGAUUUGACUUGUGUACUACAUUUAUAAAUGUUACUGUAUGUAGAAAGCUUACAAAUAAAAUGUGUUUCUCUUUUUUA